AAACUUGACACUACUUCAGCACCUUUAAAAAAUUUUAACCACCCCCUGAAAACAUGGAUCAAAAUAAAAUGAUUUCUGAGCUGCAACGCCAAGACAGUAACAUCCCGUUGCAAGGAUUCUCAUUUCCUAGAUUAAAAGCGAAAUACAGAGAAAAGUUGGAGUUACCUGACCAAUUUUUGAGAGCUUGUACCCUUCGUGAGGGGGCAUGGGUCAUCAUCCUCUUUCUGAAUUCCGCAGCUCUGUCCACGAUUGGCGUCCUGUUCAUGUUCCUGAUUGAAAGACCUGACGAGACGGACAUUUGGUGGCAGAAUCGGUUUAAAAACGACUUUGACUACUAUUACAUGCGGGAGAACCCAGAGCUUAUCCAGAGAUUAUGGCCUCUGUGGAAGCCAUUUGCAAAAGCCGUCAUUGUUGCCGAAGCGGUGUACUUCGUAACUGGGAUGAUGGUGGUCUAUGCCCUGAUCAAGAAAACCGUGCACCCCUACAUGUACAUGCCUUGGAUAGUUAUGACGACAUUUCUUUGCUCAGUGAUGUGGAUAAUGGCUUUCGUCAUGAUCAUUGCAAUAUUCGUCCUGCUGACGUACAGACCUCUCACAGUUACUUGGGAUGUUGGACCAAUUGCAUGCGUUAUUGUCUACAACGUCGCUUGGACGUAUUCAGGUUUCGUGAUCAUUGCUCACUACAAGCGACGCUGGAUCGUCAAGUACUGGAGAGAUCGGGGCAUGAUGAUGGGAACGGAUACUAUGAGCCGACAGCCGGGCGAAGGUUCAGGGUACUAAAUGGGUCUGGGGACAUAAUUCUUUACCAACCUGGGUAAAAUAUGUAAACGAGGGAAACAUUGCAUACGAUAUGUAUUAAUCAUGAUAUUAUAAACCAUUGCACUUAAGCUAGUUUAAGAUAAGCACUUACGAUAUUCAAUGAUAUAACACUCAAUCACAUGUAAACUUCUGUCACUUGUCGCAGUAAAUACUGCAAAUAUCUGGAUUCAUAAGCGACCGUUUUAGUUCCGUAAUUAAUUGGAAAAUUGUAAUCCUCCGCCAUUUGUGGAUUUGCACUAGUUUCUUCAAUCACGGUCGUGACAUGAAGUCCGUGCUCUAGUAAUAAGUCAAAUAGAUAUCAAUGUUAUAAUCUAAUUACAAAAUCACGCAGUAUUCUUAUACCUUCGCAUUCCUGCAGGAGUACCAAUGUUUCCUGAAUAGUUUCUUUCGACACUGAGAUAUCAAAUUUUACAAGCCUAUCGAUCAGUGAUAAGAUGCAAGUUUUCACGUGGAACCUAAAAUUAAGGGAACAUUAUUCAAUGCUAAAUUCUAAUUAGAACAAAGAAUCAAUGCAAAUGCUUACCAUGUAUCCGGUCCCAACUUUGUGUCAUAAUCCAGCAAAGCUUGAAACAUUCUAUCAAUUCCGAAUUGAUAAUUGUACUUUGUGCAGUAAAGAGUCCCAAUCACGAGACUCAUGAUCGAAGAGUGGAAGACUUUCAUCCCUUUGUGACUCUCGACAAGCAAGAUUUCCUGCUCUUGAAUUUUUUGAAUCAACUUUUCUGCUUCCUCAUUUCGACCCAUGAGCACGUAACAAACUGCUAAAUUUGCAAGAGGGGCGGCACUAAUUUGAAGUAACUGCAAAUAUAUCCAAAAAUGUAUAUAAAUAUGUGUAAAGGUGGACAAUUUUUAAAUAAAAACUGCAAAACUA